UGGAGCCGGAGGCGUCCCCGCGGCUGCUGCCGAGCGCGGAGCAUCCUUCCCCCGGCGGCCGGGCUGGCACCGGCACCGGCACCGGUAUCACCAUCGGAACCGGCUCCGGCAUCACCAUCGGCACCGGCAUCACCACCGGCACUGACACCGGCAUCAGCAUCGCCAUCGGCACCGGCUCCGGCACCAGAAUCAGCAUCAACAGCGGCACCGGCAUCGCCCGCGGCACCGACAUCCCCAUCGCCCCCGGCACCGGCGGCAGCAUCACCUUCGGUGUCCCCGUCACCGCCGGCCUCGGCACCGGCAUCGCCGCCGGCACCAGCUGUGGCCACUCCUCCCGUGCUCACAGCGCCUGUGCCAAGGACCUUGGCUCGUCCUCCCUGCAGUGACUCCCAGCAGGAAUUCCCAGUGAUCCCCAGUGACUCCCAGCAGGAAUUCCCAGUGAACCCCAGUGACUCCCAGCAGGAAUUCCCAGUGACUCCCAGUGACUCCCAGCACUGAUUCCCACCAGGAAUUCCCAGCAGGACAUUGGUCACAGCCAGAGGGGACCCAGCCAGGACGGAUCCCUGUCCCCCGUGGUGUCCCUCACCUGGGCACGGGGCAGACGCGGUGCCAGGCCAGGCUGGAGGGUGCCCGGGUUAGCAUGACCGAGGUGGAACCCGUGCUGGACUUCGCAUCCUCGGGCAGGACGGGCCGGCGCAAUGCCCUGCCCGACAUCCUGGGCUCGCCCGCCGGCGUCAGCCCCGCCGACCUGCCCCUCAAACUGGCCGAGAUGUCCCUGAGCGCAGGCAGUGCCCAGGACAUGCAGUCGCCCUCGGCGGAGGCGCCCCCUCCGCAGCCGCCCAGCCCCGAGCUGAAGGACACGUCCUAACCCCGCCCGGGGGGGACAUUUGUCACCGGCGGAGGAAGGAGGGGGCUGCGGGCACCAGCCCGGCUCCCCUGGCUCGGCCGGAGCCCGCUGGGAUUUCCUCGGUGCUGCCGCAGCGGGACCCCGGAGCGUCCCCCCGGCCGUGCGCGUGGCGGGGACACGGAGGGGACACGGAGGGGACACGGAGGGGACCUGCCGUGACCGAGGGGCGAUUCCCACCCACGCCCUGGGCCCGGACUCGGGGGUGGGGGGGAUGUUUUGGCCUCCCCGGCGGGAGGAACAUUUUUCUUCUGGGGCAUUUGGCGGAGCCGAGCGCGGUCAGGGGUCCCGGGGGCCCUCCUGGCCGCAGGAGCAGCCACGGGUGUUUCUUGCUGAGUGUGGUGUUCACUGUGAUGUUUUUGGGUAUCCCCUCGUCUCCUGGCCUUUCUUCUGGAUGACUCAGGAGCCAUUCCCCGAGUUUUGGGGGGUGAGGUGGGAAACACAACCCGAGAGCCCCCCAGCCCUUAAGCAA